CCUUAUCAUCCCCAUUCAACUUCAACACAACACCUCUACUUGCUUUUUUCAGUCUUUUAUCUCUCUCUUUCUCUCAACUUUCAAAAAAUGGCCAUUAGAAAGUCACACAAGUUGACACAACCAGCAGUAUUGAAGCAAAUUCUGAAGAGAUGCUCAAGCUUAGGGAAGAAGCAUGGGUACGAUGAAGAUGGGCUUCCAGUUGACGUACCAAAAGGUCACUUUGCAGUUUAUGUUGGUGAAAACAGAAGUAGAUAUAUUGUUCCAAUCUCAUUCUUGACUCACCCUGAGUUUCAAUGUUUACUUCGACAAGCUGAAGAAGAGUUUGGGUUUGAUCACGAUAUGGGCCUCACUAUUCCUUGUGAAGAAGUCGUUUUUCGCUCUUUAACUUCAAUGCUUAGAUGAAACAAAAUUAUUAAAGAGUGUGGUUUGCUUGGAGAAGAUGAUCUCUAAGAUGAAGCUAGCUAAUCAACACAUCCACUUUUGCUAGCUUCUCUUUUUUUUACCAUCUUCUUCAUUGUAAUUUCUUGAUGAUCUCCAUGGUUUUUUUUCUUUGUUUCUUUUAUUUAUUAUUAUUAUUUUUUUCACUUUCGUCCCAAUUCAUUUGGGUUUUCAAUGUUUAGAGACUCUAACUUUAAUGUACCCUGGGUUAGACUUGUAAAAAGUGUAAGGGUUUUCCUCAUAGAUGGAUCAUGCUCUGUGAGAGAAGUUAAUGUUAAGGAAAAUUAAGCAAGCAGAUUUGGAUUUGC